UACUAGUACUACUAGUACUACUACUACUAGUAUUAGUACUAUUGUUACUACUAAUACUAAUACUACUAUUAUUAGUAUUACUACUACUGUUACUACUACUACUAGUAUUAAUACUGGUAGUAAUAUUAAUAAUAGUAAUACUACUACUAGCACUACUAUAACUAGUAAUAUUUCUACCAGUAUUAUUAAUAGUAAUAUUACUGCUAUUAAUACUAGUGCUACUACUAUUAGUACUACUACUACUACUACUACUAUUACUACUACUACUAGUACUACUACCACUACUUUUACGACAACUACUAGUAUUACUACUACCAGUAAUAUUACUACUAGUAUUACUACUACAAGUUUUACGACUACUAGUACUACUACUAAUAGUACUACUAAUUCUAGUAGUAAUAAUACUUGUAUUAUUAGUACUACUACUACUAAUAGUAUUACUACUACUACUACUACCACAAUUUUAAAGACAACUACUUGUACAAAUACUACCAUUAUUACUACUACUAAUAAUACUUCUACAUGUACUACGACUACUAGUAAUAAUAUUAAUAGAGCUACUGCUACUAUUAAUAAUACUCCUCGUUCUACUACUAUUUGUACUAAUACUACUAGUGCUACUAGUAUUAGUUCUUCUACUACUAGUAGUAUUACUACUAGUAUUACUAAUAACAGUAAUAAUACUCAUCGUUCUACUACUACUAAUAUUAUUACUACUAGUACUACUACCACUAGUACUACCACCACUUGUACGAAAACUACUAGCAAUACUACUAUCAGUAAUAAUAAUACAACUACUACUACUAGAAUUACGACUACUACUAGUACUAUUACUAAUAGUACUACUAAUACUGUUACUACUACUACUAGUAAUAUCACUACUUGUACGAAAACUAUUAGUAUUACUACUACCAGUAAUACUACUACUAGUAAUACUACUACUAGAACUACCACCACUUGUAGGAUAAAUACUAGUAUUAUUACUACAAGUAAUAAUACUCCUCGUUCUACUACUACUAGUAUUACUACUACUACCAGUACUACUACUAUUCGUACUACUACUACAUGCACGACUACCAAUAGUACUACUACUAGUAGUAGUACUACUGCUGGUACUUCUUAUGCUAGGUCUACUACUGCUAGUUCUACUUUUACUAGUACUAUUUCUAUUCGUACUACUAUUACUAGUACUACUACUACUACUACUAUUAGUACUAUUAAUACUAGUGCUACUAGUACUAGUACUACCACUGCUUGUACGACAACUACUAGUACUAAUACUAACAGUAAUACUACAACUAGUACUACAACUACAAUUAAGACUACUACUGGUACUACUGGUACCAGUAAUACAACUACUAGCAAUACUACUCCUCGUAAUACUACGAUUAGUAAUACUAGUACUAGUAAUAAUACUCCUCGUUCCACUACUGUUACUAGUACUACUACUAUAAGUACUACAAUUAUUAGUACUACUACUACAAAUACUACUUCUACAAGUACUAACAUUACUUGUACGAAAUCUAGUAGUAAUAAUACUACCAUUAAUAAUACCACUAGUACUAGAACUACAAGUACUACGACUACUAGUACUACUACAAAUAGUACUAUAACUACUAGUAGUACUACUACUUGUAUUAAUACUACAAGUACUAUUACUACUAGUACUACUGCUACUAUUUCUACCACUCCUUGUACGACAACUACUAUUAAUAAUAAUACCAGUAAUAAAACUACUAGUAUUAAUACGACCAAUAAUAAUGCUACUAGUACUACUACUACUAGUACUACCACCACUUAUAUGAAAACUACUGGUAAUACUACUUCUACAUGUACUACGACUACUAGUAAUAAUAUUAAUAGAGCUACUGCUACUAUUAAUAAUACUCCUCGUUCUACAACUAUUUGUACUAAUACUACUGGUGCUACUAGUAUCAGCACUUCUACUACUAGUAGUAUUUCUUCUAAUAUUACUACUAACAGUAAUAAUACUCCUCGUUCUACUACUACUAAUAUUAUUACUACUAGUACUACCACUACUAGUACUACCACCAUUUGUACGAAAACUGCUAGCAAUACUACUACCAGUAAUACUAAUACAACUACUACUACUAGAAGUAGGACUACUACUAGUACUAUUACUAAUAGUACUACUAAUACUGGUACUAUUACUACUACUACUACUACCACUACUUGUACGACAACUUGUAGUAUUAAUUCCACCAGUAAUACUACUACUAGUAAUACUACUACAAGUACUACGACUACUAGUACUAAUACUAAUGGUGCUACUCCUAAUAUUAAUAAUACUCCUCGUUCUAAUACUACUUGUACUACUACUCUUAGUACUAUUACUAUUAGUAUUGGUAUUACUACUACUACUACUACUACUAGUACUACUACUACCAGCAACAAUACUCCUCGUUCUACUACUACUAAUACUACUACUACUAGUACUAGUGCUGCUAGUACUACCACCAAUUAUACGAAAACUAAUG